AUGAAUUCACACAUUUUCGACAUUCAGCCAUUGCAUCGCUUCUCUGGCUCCAAUGCAGCAAUUCGACGUCCUAGAGAAAUCGCAUACUUCUCCUACGAUGACGAACACAACUUCCGCCUCGACGAGUCCUCUAUGCAAUACUACUACCCACCGCAACCGUCGCAAUUACCUCUCGAUCUAAGCGCCGGGUUUGAUACGUUUCAGAAACUCAACGAUGCGCCGGAUGAGCAUUUGGAUGCCCUUUUGGAUACGAUUGUAGCGUUGGAACAGAGUACGGAGAAGAAAUGCGAAGCGGAUAUUGUUACCUGGAGGGGGAUGAUGACGAAGAUCAUGACGGCGCCUUUUGAUAUGCUGAAUGGGUUUGAGAUGAAUGCAACAUAUUUUCAGGUAAGUGAUUCCUCUGCAUUGGGCUCAACUGGCAGUACUGAUUCGCGAUCCGCGCAGGGAACGAUUUUCAUCGAGGAGAACAAUUCGUAUAAAAAUGCGCAGAAAGAGAUUCAGAAAAAUCAACGAAUGCCACCUGGCAUGCCUUCACAAGAAAUGAUGGCUUAUUGGGGUUACAAAUUCGAAGCAGUCUCGGUCAUCCCAAACACAUGGGGUGAAACAAGCCGCGAGAAGAUUGAAGGGCGCAUUCAUGAAGUUGUGAACAACAAAGCCCAGUACUGCUCCGUUGUACGGACUGGUUUUGGAAAAGCGAAAUUGGUAAUUGGAGGCGAGGUGGAUGCAAUCUGGGAUUGCAAACCCGUUCGCAAAGAAGACCCAAUCAAUUGGGUUGAGCUGAAGACAACUGCUGAGUUAAUCAACGACAAGGAGAAGCUCAAGUAUGAGCGCAAACUGCUCAAAUUCUGGGCGCAAUCCUUUCUUCUUGGUGUCCCCAAAAUUGUGGUCGGAUUCCGCGACAGAGAUGGGAUGCUCCUACGGCUCSAGGAGCUCGAAACCCACGGAUUGCCUGGCAAGGUCAAACGCGAAGGUCGAGGAAGUUGGGAUGGAAACAUCUGUAUAAAUUUUACCGCCGCCUUCCUUGAGUGGCUCCAAACCGUGGUCAACACCGAGGGGACAUGGCGAAUUCGAAAACGGGAAAAGUCACCAGUGAUUGAAGUGUUCAAGAUUGAAGAAAAUGGUAAUGGUGACAUACUAUCUUCCAAUUUUGUCGCAUGGAGGACGAAGCAGUGA